GUUGUUACGAAAACCUUAUGAGCGCAACAUCUCGUUGAUAAGCUGCAAAGCAGCGUGGAUCCGAGAGAAAAUAUUUUAGUGACAGUAACCCCUGGGACGUGGUGUUUAUUGUCCAGAAAAUCAUAAUGCUCGUUGGUUGUACUGAAUUUUUGGUGGUCACGUUGACUGAAAUGUGCAGAGAUCUGUCAGUCUCAUGUGUUUUGAGAACGAGUUGAUUGUCAUUCUUAUAGUUUAUUCCUACAGAGAAGAUGGAGAAAUUAGUUAUUAAAAAAAUAUGUCCAUUACCAGCAGAACUUUCAGAAAUAAAGAAAAAUAUUCCAUGUUCAGAAGAAGGAUGCAACAGAAUGUUCCUCAAUUCAUCCAAUUUGGAUAUGCAUUUGCUGAAACAUCACAAAAAGUCAAAUAAAAUAGUGAAAAUAAAUAGCGAUGUGAAAUAUCAGUAUCAUUGCCCAAUUGAUAAAUGUUCAUAUAACGUGAAAUCUGAACGCUUUUUUAAAAAUAUGAAGUAUUUAAAACAGCAUUUUUUAAAGGUGCAUGCGGAAAAAAGCUUCUGCUGUGAUCAGUGCCAUAAAGGUUUCUCUACAGAAGCUGCUCAAAAAAAACAUGAACGUUUAUGUGGAGUUAAAUUUAUUUGUUCAUGUAAUUACUCAUAUGAUUCAUAUGAAGCUCUUAUAACUCAUGCGAAAAGACACCAGCAUACAUUUGAUGAAAAGUACAAAUCUUUUGGGAAGGAAGUGAUUUCUACAGGUGGAUCUGAUGAUCCCUGUUCAAAAAUGUCUACAUGCUCAUUGCAAGAUGUACAUUCUGCUUCAUCCUCUGCUAUUGCAGUACCAGUGCAUUUACUUGCUGCUGUAGCUUUAAAUGAACUUUCAAAUACAGGUUUUGGAACAUCAUUUGAUAAAGAAGUGCAAACAGAUUCAAAAGGAGAUAAUAAACGUCAUAGAAAAGUUCCUAGUCCAUGCCGAGCAUUUGAGAGAUCUUUUAAGCGCAGAACAACUCAUACUCAGACUGGCCAGGUAUCUCGUGCAAAACAUCCGAAGAUUAGUACUCAGACUCAAACUAUGGGUGAUUAUAUUUUGAAGAAGGCAAUGCAUGCAGCUGACAUUUUGAUAAUGCCAACAGAAGAAGUUGGUGUUACUAAUGAUAGUAUAACUGGAAGAAACAGAAAGAGAAGAAAAAGUAUGGAAACUCAAACUACUAGCAACAUAAACCUUUCAGUAUGUGAAAACCGUGAAGUCAUUAAUAUUGGUGCUAAAUUUUCUUCUACACUAGAAUCUAAUAUAAAUAUGUCUUCAUUAAGUAAUUUUCCAUCUACUUCAUAUUCUCAUUUAAAUAAUAACACUAAUAUGUAUCAUUUAGAUGCAGAUGAACUACCAGAUUUAUGGUUCAAUCAAAAAAAUUCUUUGGGAACUCAGACAAGCCCAGUAGCUUUGAGCUCCUUAUUUGGGAAUGAUGAAAUGUUGAAUCAUACAGUGACCCAAACUGAUUUAAAUUUAACAUUGUUUGACUCAGAAACUUGUGAGUCUCAUGUUCCACAACAUAAUUCUCACAGAGUCACAAAUCUCCAGAAUUAUUUUGAAGAUAGUACAGAUAGUAAUUUUAAUCCACAUGUUAUCUCAACAUCAUUUGGACAAGAGCUAACCAAUACUACAAUAGAUAAUUUGACAUCACUUGCAGAGGGACCAGACUAUUCAUCAGCACAGCUAGGAAAUCUCUUAGGCAAUGGAAACAAAGUCUUUGAUGCUAACAGGUCAUGUAGUACUGAAACUCAAACAGAGAUUGAUGUAAAUUGUUUUCUUCCAGACUGUGAUAAUGAUACAUCUUUUACAUUGUGUUCUAAUAUAGAGACACAAACCACAGAAGAAUUUUCUUCUCUUGAUCAGUUACUGUAUUCAAACAUGUGUACUCAAACUUGUGAUGAAAUAUUGCUUUCUGAAUUAGGAUUUGCAGACAUUGAAACUCAGACUGCUUGGCCUCAAUAUACUGAUGAUUCAUCAUUAGUCUCUACUGAAACACAGACAUCUCUGUCAGUACCUGCAGAAAGUCAACACCCUGACAAAGAAUGGUUAAUAACAAAUAAAGAUGCUUUGGCGGGCACUAGUCAUAUGGAAACUCAAACUAAUGUUAAUGACUUUCAAAAAAUUAUUGCUGAACUAGUCAAAGAAGACACAAAUGAUAAUCUUUUAUGAGACUUACUGCCAAUCUUUUAAAUAUUUUAGUGAAACAGGGUAAGGCUUAGAGCCCUGAAUUGUUGUGUGUUUGAAAUUCUUCCCACUGCAAGUAUUAAAAAAUACACUGAUUUUUGAGAUUUUUAUAUUGAAGUAAAGGUGUGAAAGAAGAUUUAAAAUGUUCUUCACAUUUGUCCUAGUCAUACACAGUUCAUUAGAAAAAACAGUGUCAUAGUGUCAUUCAUUACAUGUGCCAUGUUUCAAAAUUAUCAGUGAUUUAAUGUUCUAUGUAUCUUAUUUUUUAAGAAAGUAUUUGCUAAGUAUGUAUUCUCUAUUAUCUUGCAUAUGUAAAUAUGCAACUGAGAAACAUAGCUUACAUUUGUGUUCAUGUGAACUUAUUAUUGUUUUAAAAUCUAGUCUUUGAAUUUUAAUUUUCUUCACAAAGCAAAAUAGUUGCCUUCUGAUGUAUUGUGAAUGUUGUAUAAAUAAUAUUCAUUCUUAAAAACUUACCAAUAUAGGUGUAGUACAUGAGAAUUCCUGUCAAUUUAAUCAAUAGUUAUUAUUUAACUGCUAUUAUGUCACAACUUGCAAGUAAUGUUAGUCUCUUUGUAGAAAGGACUUUCCUGAUCUUUGUUUUUUUAUGUUUAUAAUUGUCACAAAAGAAGUUAUAAAAUUAUGUCUGUCAUAAUAUCUCAAUUAUUUUGUUAAUAUUCUACAAUAUUUAUUGUUCUGAAGUGUUUGUUGGUAAAGUAUUUUGUUAUCACAUGAUGCUGUAUGUGAAGUUGAGAUGUAAAGGUAAUGCAUUGUUAAAUUUUAGAGUUUAUAGGAUAUUUCAGGUAUAGUUAUCUAAAAAAUUGAAGAAAAAAAAGCAAUAAAUGCUUUGCAUUGUUGCUUGUGAAAGAGUAUUUGCUGACUGGAUAUGUACUGUAAAAUGUUUCGUUUUAUACAAUCUAUUGUUAUUUCUGUUAACUUUGUUCUUGUUAUGUGGCAUUUGGCUGAGAAACUUCAUUAUAGCAUCAAAAAGUACUUAAGAAAUGUUGUAUGAAGAUUAUUCUUUUGAAUAAGGCCAUUUCUAUGAUAUCUUUAAGAUUUUCAAUGCUCGUUGUAAUAAACCUUGUUCAUCAUAACAUGUAUAUUGAAGAGCUUAGUGCAAGGUUGUUUGCUCAGAAAAGCACCAUGGAGGUAUUGCGAAUGUGCCCAGAGCUUUCUAUUGAUCCGUAAUAUGUGAUUUUUUCAGAGGUGUACCUAGGAUUUUUUUUGUGAGGGUUGUAAGUAUAGGGGUCCAGCCAAUCUGAUGUUUUCUUAUAAAGAAUUUUUCAUUUAUGCUGAAUAUAAAUGUAUUUUUGUUAACUUAUAGUUAAUCUCAGUCACUUCUGGUGAGGUGAGCUGAUGCCCCAUGAGCUCCCCACCCCCAACCCUUCCCCCUGGUGCACCACUGAUUUGACAUAGAAGAUUUUAACUCUACUCUGAGAAAUAGUAUUUUAGGGUUGGUUUCUUCUGAUGGAAGGUAAUCUAGAAGCAUUUAUUGCUUUUUAAUGAAUACUUUUAACUGUUCUACUAAAUAGUAAUUAAUAACAUCUAAUAAAAUUACCAUUCAUUAAAAAAUUAUACAAUUCACAAUUAUAUUUUUCAUGCUUGAAUUAACUUCAUUUAUUAGCUCUCUUAAUUAUUAGUGCAUGGAGUUUAGACUGUGCCUACAGACUGAGAUAACACCUUGCACACACUUAGAAAAAGAAAAAAAAAUUGAAUUAGCACCUUUUUCUAAUUCAAAUUCUUCACAAAAUAGUGAUUUUCAUCCUAAAUGGCAACACAACUGAUAGAAAAUUGCCAGAUAAAUUUUUUUUAAACCACUACCUGAAGUAACAAAAUGUUGAGUUAAAUUCUUGCACCAAGAUCUUCAAAACUUUUUGUUAUGACUUGUGAAUUUCAAUUCAACAUUACCUUAAUCUAAUCAAAUUGGGAAUAUAUUUGUUGCUGUUAGCAUGCAGUUUGAAAAGCUAUAAUUAUUACACUAUAGUGGAAAAUGUGCUUAUAGUCUAUAAUAAAACUGAUUUGUCAUUCAUUAAAGCAUCUCAAAGUAUAUUCUCCUGAUCUAGAUGAAGUUUUAAAAGUAUAUUAUAUGUUUUAUUAGAUAAAUGUUAUUUCAAAUCCUGAAUCUUUUUUUCUUCUUAAAAAAUAUUUGUAAGGUGGUUUCUUUUUGCUAUCAGUCUACUUAUAGUUGACCAGCAAAAUAGGAGCAAACACUGUAUUUCCUUUUUUUAACACAUCUAACUAGAUGUUGACUUGCUAAAGAAAAAAAAAAUUGUAGUUUGAUGUAGGUUUUAAAAUUUGAAAUAACUAUUCCAUUCUUGUUUUUGAGACUGCUUAAUUAUGUAAGUGUAAAGAAAAGACUUAUUUUUUACCACUGCCAAGCAGUGGCUUAUCUAGGAUGUGGCAGGCAUGGCACAUUCCACAGGCAUCCAGCAUUCUACAUUUAUGGUGAGAAAGCUGGAUGGUAAUAUUUAAUAAUAGAAAUAAACACUUUGGAAAAGAUGGAAUGCAGCUAUUUUUUAAGAGAUCUUUUUGUUUUGAUUGUACAGUAGGGUCAUAAAGAACCAGUUUAAUUGGUGUUUAUUAAAAGAAAGAGUAUGCAGACAAAUAUUGAAUUAUGUAAUUCUAAAUCCCUGAUUCCUUUUAUUUUAUUAACAGUAAUAAAUUGUAAUUAUUUGAAACGUUCAAUUACCAACAUUAAAAACAGAAUAUUGGCUGUUGUAUCACAAUCGUAUAUAUUACAUAUAUUUGGUCACGGUUAUUUGGAUAAUUUAUAAAAAACAAAAUUUUUAGAAUAUUACAAAAUGUUUUUUAUUCAACUAUGCUUUGCUGUCCAAGAAAACCCUGCGGCUAAACACAUAUUAAAUGUGAUUCAAACAAUUAAAUACAAAUUCCAUAGAUAUGGCAAGCAAAUUACUAUACAAUUUAGAUUACAGUAUUAAAUUCAAUGGAUUCAAUAUAUUUCAGCCAUAUAAUCAGGGUUGAGCAAUUAUGAUUUGAAUUGUAAAUUAAAAUUGUGUCUUUUUUUUUUUAAGGGCACAUUUAGUUUGCCGUGAAUGUCAUUUUACCUAGAUAUGCUUCGCUGUCAUGUAUACAUUUAACAAAAUCUAAAUUGAACAAGGAGACCCAAGUAUUGAAUGUAUUCUGGCAUUUCAAAUUAUAAGUACAAGUUCAUAAAAGUCUUCAUUUAAUUUAAAACUGAUCCCCACAAUAUGACGAGUACUGACAUGGUAUUGCAUGGAAGUAUUCUGUGGUGUUAGUGUAUAUAAUUUUGUUACCUAUCUUGUAAUUGUGAAAAAAAUAGCUGUUCUUUAAAUAUUUUCCAAGUAAUUUAAUGGCAAAUAAAAUUUAUAAUAAGCAAUGAAAACCUUUUUUCUAUGGUACCCUCCAUUGUCAAGAUCAAAUCUCAACCUCAGAAGUCUUGAAAAAAUAAACAUUUUUCAGAACAAUCCCACAAUGACUUAU